ACAGAGCCAACCAAGAUGGGGCGAAUAAGAGGACACGUCUCUUUCCUGCUUCCUCUGCUUCUUCUUCUGCCAGUGGCUCGUGCAUUUUUGGGAAGGGGGCUCACGCCGGCACGCGCAUCGAUUCCCCUGGGAGGUGGUUGCAAUGCGCGCCAGGCUUCUGCGGUGUCGCCUGCCUACGCCAUGUCUGCCAACGUCAUGGAGAGGCCGCGGUCCCCAGAAACGGACAGUAAAGAGAACAAAAAGGUCUUCGAGCGACUUUUUGUGGAACUAAGCAAGUCACCGUCGGAGGCUCUCGACGAGGCCCUCGCCCUGGCAGCUCGGGGCCGAAGUUGGAGCCGGGCCAUGAAAUUGUUGCGUUUGCCCACGGCGCGCCCCACCAGCGAGCAAUACCACAUGGCCAUCGUCGCCUGCAAGCGGGCCCAGCACAAAUGGCGACAAGCCCUGGAGCUUCUGGACGAAGCCAUCGCCCUCGGACUUCGCCCCAACGUGACGACAUUUCAAGAGGUGAUGACGAUCUGCAUCCACGCCCAACGUCCCAAAGAAACGGUCGCGAUCUUGGACCGGAUGGGCAAGGCAGGCGUGCCCGUGGGCUUGUCCUCCUACAAUCUGGCCGUGGAAGCCCUCGCCCACCAAGGGGAAUGGAAGAAAGCUUUGAAAAUCAUCACCUACAUGGAACGGCAAGCCGUCUGGCCGGAUACCCGGACGUACACGAGUGCCUUGGACGCCUGUGCCCGGGCUGGGGAGUGGCAACGCGCCCUCCUCCUCUUGGAGGAGAUGGUGACGGUCAAGGGUGUACCCCCUGCGAUCGGGUCGUACAACGCCGUGCUCUCGGCCUGCGUCAAGGGGGGGCAAUCCGCCCGCGCCACCACCUUCUUCCAGGACAUGGUCAAGAAAGAGGUGGGGGUGGACGCCCGGUCCUUUGCGGUGGCGAUUGCUGCCUGCGAAGAUGGGAACUUGGUGGACCAGGCACUGGCCUUGGUGUAUUAA